AUGUCGGGGCCGCUUCUGGUACUUUUCUUGCCCUUUCUCGCCCUCCAUGUCUUAGCUGAUGUCCCCGUCUCCUUCUUAUCCUACCCAGCGUACAUCGAGCAGCGAGAAUGCAUUAAGCUCUGCCUCUGGCACGUCGGCGCGGUUGACGACUUGAUUCCUGCCAUUGGCUGCAGCCCACCGUGGGUCAACGAGUGUUUCUGCAACACCGAGCUAGCAAUCAGCGCCAACGACUUCCUCUCGGGCUGUGUCGCGAGCCGGUGCACUGUUCCGAAAACGGCACCGGCCGUGACCAGCGCCUUGUCCGCGUAUAACAACUACUGCUCGGCCAACGGGUUCUCGAUCCCCACCGUCGCAUCCAUCCAGUCGUACACCGGCUAUGUCGUGCAGCCGACUUGCGUUCAAGAAUGUGUCUGGAGCCCUGCCGCGAGCUCCUCCUCGGGCGACUUAAUGGCUGCCAUCGGUUGCGGUCCUCCCUGGGAUAACUCUUGUUUGUGCGACGCGGGCAUCGUCGACGCUGCAGCCGCUUUCCUCUCGACUUGUGUUGCAAGUAGCUGCUCUACCGCACCAGACGCGAUGGAAGCCACCGCUGCUAUGAAUAUCCACAACGAUUAUUGCUCCGCGGCCGGGCUACCGAUACCCAUUGCCGUAACGGCAACUACACAGGUCGCUAGGACUACUGUCGCCAGUGCUGCUACCACUAGUACUGCUACGGCCGUUAGCAAUACGAGCAACAGGGGAUAUCAAAUCGCCACCACGACUCCGACGAUUUCUUUUCCUCCUUCUAUGACCACGGGCGUCAAUGAACAGAAUUCAAGGGGCAAGUAA